GUGGACUCGCCGUAUCUUUGGUUCCCCACAAACCCCGCAAAAAGGCCCUCCCCAAGUGCUCCGCCCACCAUCUCUCCUUUCUCAUGGCGGCACAAGAGGCCUCUGCCGGCGGCGGCGAGGACGCGCGCCGCGCUCUCGCUACCCCCGCGCUCUCGCUACCCCCGCGCUCCGCCGUCGAAUCCUUCUUCGCCUCUGGUGCCACCGCCGCCUCCUUCGCCGAGACCAGCCCCGGCCCGUUCACCCUCACCGCCGCGCUCUUCCAGGACAUGCCCUCAUCGGCCUUCCACGGCUCCUUCACCCAGCUCCUUGUCGGCGCCAUGGGCUCCCCAGCCGCACCCCCUGCUGGCGGCCCUUCCCCUCCCUCACCGUUUGCCGUGCCACCGGGGCUCUGCCCCACCGCUGUCCUCGGCUUCCCUUCGCUCUUCUCCCCUACGGGGAAUUUUGAAAUGUCCCAUCAGCAAGCGUUAGCCCAAGUAACAGCACAAGCAUUCCAUUCUCAGUAUACUGUAGACAGUCAAGCAGAUUACUCACUCCCUUUCUCAUCGGAAGCAACAUCAGCUUUGACAUCACAGUUUAUCAACUCUUCUGCAAAUGUGACAUCAAUGAAGGAGACAGCAACUCCGCCAUUGCGUACAGUUCAUGAUUACCUUAAAACAUAUGAGGUUUCACAAGGAUUCCAAACUUCGGCCCUCACCGUGGAUAAACCUGUUGAUGAUGGCUACAAUUGGCGAAAGUAUGGCCAGAAGGCAGUCAAGGGUGGAGAGUAUCCAAGGAGCUACUAUAAAUGCACCCAGGCGAGCUGUCCAGUUAAGAAGAGAGUGGAGCACUCAGCAUAUGGACAGAUUACUCAAAUAAUUUAUAGAGGCCAGCAUAACCACCAGCGUCCACCAAAAAGAAGGUCCAAAGAUGGUGGCAAUUUACUAAAUGAAGAUGAUUUCCCUGAGAACAGAGACGCUUUGACUCGAUCAGAACGAGGCUCUCAAGAUCAUUCUGGAAAAGUUGAGGUGUCAAAUGAUGGCAUCGCAGGGCCUUCAAUGUCCAAGAGGAGAGACGGAGGUGAUCAAUCGUCUGGCUCAAGUGAUAGAGAGGAGGAGGAUAAUGAUGAAGCAGGUGAUGACAAUGGAGAUGCCGGUAUUGUGAAUGCAAACAAAAGGCAAGUGCCGGCGCCAGCUCAAAGAAUCAUCGUGCAAACAACCAGUGAAAUUGAUCUUUUGGAUGAUGGCUACCGGUGGCGCAAAUACGGCCAGAAAGUGGUAAAAGGGAAUCCUCAUCCAAGGAGUUACUACAAAUGCACGUACCAGGGAUGCGAUGUAAAGAAGCAUAUUGAAAGAUGUUCGCAAGACCCAACGUCAGUGAUAACUACAUAUGAAGGCAAGCAUAGCCAUGAUGUGCCAGUAGCUAGGAGCAGCGUGGCUGCUGCUGCCAGUGCCAAUGCAUCCUCUUCCAUUAGCUUACUACAUAGAGGCCAGAAGGCAGCAUCCAGUGGCCAACGGGUAUUGCCCAGAGCAGCACUACAUACAUCGGAUUCUUCCUUGCAGCUAAAAGAAGAAAAUGAGAUAACAUAAACUUUUGGAGUACGUAGCGAGGCAAUUAUUCCCAUAUAGCCCAUUUCUGGCUGUGCUGCUGCAUUGGUUCCAAUCGAGAGGAGGAUAUUCUUCCACGAGCCUUGCUUGCACAGAGCCUGUGUUGCAGCACUGCAUCUUGCAUGCUGUACUCCCAUUGGUUCAAUUGUAUUGGUCUCCAUUCCAUGGAAAAAAUGUAGGUGGCGGAGGUUUCGUUGUUCCAAUUGUAUAUGCUCGAGUUGUAGCUCUUACCUGAUAGCCUCAUUUGUACAUAUAUCUCCUUAAGUGUCAUCUGACAGGAUGUAUUAAAGUCGUAAUUGAUGAACAAGGCAAUGGCCUUCCGUGAACCUCCUUUCAGUUUGUCGUCGCAGUGGACCUGACGCAAAAGAAAAACCAUAGUGGGUUAGCCCUUUUGUGUCUCAUAAAUCAAAGUGGUUUGAUGCUUGUGUGUCUCAUAAAAGGGGAAUAUUCUUUGAAUGUGAGACGAUGUUCUUGUUAAUAGUGAGGUGCUUGUUGUGUCU